AUGGAAACCCUUUCGGACAAUCAAGAGAUUGUGAUGUCGAUUUGCAUGGUAGUUUCUGGUUUACUAUCUAUGUUUGGAAGCACGACAAUCGUCUACCGAGUGUUAAGGAAGGAUGGUGGUACCAAGCCCUUUGAUCGGUUAAUGCUUGGUUUGAGCGUCUUUGAUGUGAUUGCGUCUUUUUCCUUUGUCUUGACACCAUUUGUACUGCCCAGAGAAACCUCCGUGAGAGUCUGGGCGUUUGGAAACAAAGUUAGUUGUUCCGUUUUGGGAUGGCUCAGCCAGCUAAGUGUGGGAGCCGCCUGGUACAGUUGUCUGAUAAGUUUCUUCUUUUUGGCUACCUUGCGGUUACGAAUUUCCAAUGUCGACUUUGAGGUGCGAUUCGAACCAUACAUGCAUGGUUUGACGGUAUUUUAUUUCUUGUUUUCGGCUACCUUUGGAGUAGUCUUUGAUAUCUAUGGAGAGAAUGAUUUACAACUCGGAUGCUGGGUCAAAGAAGUGCCAAAGGGAUGCGACGAAGAUGGUGGUUGUCUGACAAUCACUACCUCCUUUUUCAUGGGAGGUUUGCCUCUGUUCUUUACUCUCUUUGCACUUCCCAUCAACUAUGUUUUGACCUUUAGUCAUGUUCGAAAAGUCUUGAAAUUUGUGGCGCGGCACAAUCCCAUUCAGGCGGCUCACAUUCGGCGGUUGGCAGAGCAAGGUACCCUCUAUGUUUUGGCCUAUUUCAUAUCGUAUGGACCCCAAUUGGUGAUUCGAAUUUUAGCCGCUUUCUUGGACUAUGGUCGUGCCGAUGAACCGUCCAUAUAUUGGCUGUUGGCGCUCAACAGUAUUUGCUAUCCACUCCAAGGAUUCUUGAAUAUGUUUGUCUAUUCGAGGCCGAACUUUUUGCGUUUGCGAGCCGCCGGCAUGCCCUUUUGGGAGGCAGUCCGUGCGGCUUGUUUCGAGACGGACAUUACCCAAUUCUUGGACCGCACCGGAAAUUUGUUGCAGAUUCGACCGUCGGUGCAUUACGAUUCGUCGGAAGAAAUGGAAAAGUACCAUUCUCGAGUGGAAUCCCGGAAAUCGCAAACGGAUCUUCGGGUGACCCAUUUGUUGUCGCAGGAGUUCAAGGCAGCCUUGGGCAAGACGCGAAUGCCAGAAAUGGUGGAAUUUUUGUCCAGUGAAAAUGAUGAAGAUAUUGGAAGUGUAGAGUAUCAGACCGAAGUGGUGGAUUCCUCCGAAGAAGCCAGGGGAUGA